ACCAUAGAUUGAAGAGUUCUCACACACAUGCAACUUGCCUCUCAAAAUUGAAAACAUCAAGAACUUCAUUGAGUCACAAUGACAGUGAUGAUGAUCACCUCUAAUGUCACUAACUCAGCUAGUUCUACUGUGAUGAUGAACACAAGUAUGACAUCAAGCAUUCAUGGAGCAACCGUUUCUGCAACAAUGCAGCCAUUGUCUGAGUCUACCAUAAUGCCAUCAGUAACAACUUCAAGUUCAACACUUACAGAAACUUAUCUGCAUUCAUGUGAUGUAUCGACACCAACUAUUUCUCCACACGUAACAGAAUGUCCCGAUGAGUUUUUCUGUAAUGGUGUCCAAAAUAUCCCGUUGUUCAUAUCGUUAUUUAUCAUAGUAAUAGCUGCUGCAGUGACUGCAUUAGUCUGCUGCAUCUACUGGAGACGAAGGUUAAAACCAAAGUAUCAAAGAAGACACACUCUAGUGCAGAGACCCAGCGGUCGUAGACCUGAAGCACCUGCCAUCGAGGAGAGAUAUACAACUAUAGCCGGAGUGGAGGGGCAACCUCGGAGAGAAUAUGAUGACAAUAAUUAUGCAGAGGUAGACGAGCCUGCAAAGAAGACACAGCUGGGUGGGGGAGACAAUAAUCAUUUCUAUUUCAUAUUGGAAGACAAUAACGGCAGUAGUGAGAGAAAACCUGCCGAUUACGAGCACGACUAUGACCACCCAUUCUUUGAACCCGCCACUCGGGAGGAGGAGCUUGUCUUUCAGAUCACAGAACUCAGUAUUCCGCUGAUCCCAGCCAGCAAAGUCAAACUUCUGGAGGUGCUAGGCAGUGGUCAGUUCGGCACAGUGACCAAGGGUGCGUGGCUUCGUGAGGAAGGAGGGAGAGAGAUAUUGUGUGAAGUGGCUGUAAAGACUAUGACAGAGGAAGCAACCAAAGAGGACAAGGUGAAGUUCUUACAGGAGGCGGCCAUUAUGGGCCAGUUCAAGCAGGCUAACAUUCUGCGAAUACAAGGAAUUAUAAUGGAUGGUGAUAUGUUGAAACUGGUUGUUGAUCUGAUGCAUAACGGAGACCUACUACAACACUUGUCCACCCUCAGGCAAUCUGUUGCCAGUGGUGAUCUGCCACUGUAUGAACUGAAACAGCUGCUCAUGAGUUUCACCCGACAAGUAGCAUGUGGGUUGGGCUAUCUCUCCUUGAAGGGCUAUAUUCACAGGGACCUGGCGGCCAGGAAUGUACUAGUCUCAGAUGAGGGAAUAUGUAAGAUUGCUGACUUUGGACUGUCUCGAGACCUUCAGAAUGAGGAGUACUAUCGUUCCCACGGAGGGAAAGUCCCUGUCAAGUGGACGGCCCCUGAGGCUAUCAACUAUCACAAGUACUCGUCUGCCAGUGAUGUCUGGAGCUACGGCUGUGUGCUCUAUGAGAUAUGGACACUGGGGGAGAAGCCGUUCACUCAUCUCACUAACACAGAGACAAUAGAAGCGGUGACCAGUGGUGAGAGGCUCCCCCCACCCCCUGGUUGCCCCAGGCCUAUCUACAGCAUCAUGAUCGACUGUUGGCACCCUGAUCCCGAGUGCAGACCUGUAGCAUGUGAUCUGGUGACAAAACUACAGCGGCCAGACUUCAUCUUCCUAAAGUGGCAGGCCAGUGAAACUAGCCGCUACCCUGAGGAGGCUCAAACCCUGGGCACAGCUCUGGAGAAUGGCCACUGUCUGCACAUGGACUUACAGAGGAGGUACUGUGAAGGACCAAGCACAAGCGAGAAUAAAGAAGAACUAAAUACAACUUCGUAGAUGAUGUCUGGUUCACUGGGAUAUCGUAUAAUGGAUCUGAGCCCAUAGUAAUUGUCAUGUUGAAGUAACGGAUGUUGUGUGCACUAUUAUAA